GUCGUCGACUUCUGGGCGACAUGGUGCGGUCCCUGCAAGCUCAUCAGCCCUCACUUUGAGAAGCUCGAGCAAAAGUACCCCCAAAUCAAGUUUGUCAAGGUGGAUGUGGACGAGCAGGCUGAGGUCGCACAGGAGGUCGGCGUGAGGGCUAUGCCAACAUUCGUUGCAUACAACAAGGGAGAGAAGGUCAAGGACCUUACCGGUGCUCAGCCGGCCAAGCUU